AUGACUGCAGUUAAUGGAUAUGUAUGGUUUCUUCCUUUAUGGUUUACAUCUAACUGGUAUGAUACAGAUGGGCUGAACAAUCCAGAAAAUGAUGACUUGGGAAAAGUGACAUGUUCAACGGAACAGAUGGUUGAAGCCAUUAAUGGCCACAUGAGCCUCGCUUAUAAAUAUUAUGCUGAUGAUGAUGAUGUCAUGCAGGAAGGGAAAACAGUUAGAGAAUGGCUAGACAGAUACAAAAAAAUGGUAGAUGAACAGGGGUUGGAAGUCAGUCGUUACGGUGGAUAUACAUAUGAUGCUGUAUGGGUAUAUGCUAUGGCUUUAGAUGCUUUGCUUAAAGAAAAUAAUUCACACGUAGCAACACUUCAUAGCAGCAGAACUUCUAAGCGUCUUCUGGAACUCUUGCAUAAAACAAAUUUCAGUGGUGUCUCAGGCUCUCUAUAUUUCUUGAACUCAAGUCGAAUAUCUGAUAUCAUUAUUUGGCAGUGGUUAAAUCAUUCUGUUCGUCAGAUUGGUGUGUAUCAUCCAUCAUCACAAAGUGAUGGUGUAUUAGAACUGAAUGAAAAAAGCAUUGUUUGGUUAACUCCUAAUGGUAAAAAACCCGAGGAUGGCAGUCAAGAAUACAGUUAUUGUGCUGUGGAGCCUGUUAGGAAAUUAUUCAGAAUAUCAUGUGAAGUUGCAAUUAUAAUAGUAAAUGUAUUUGGAUUAACUAUCUUUGGAGUUCUGGUAGUGGCUGCUGCAUUUUGGUACAAACACCGGUAUGAAAGCAGAAUGAAAUUAACUGAAGCAAGAAUGAAAGAACUUGGUUUAAUAACAAACAGGGUACCUUUUGCUUUAGAUGAGUGGGAAAUACCUCGUGAUCAUAUUGUUAUCAAUCGCAAACUUGGUGAAGGUGCUUUUGGAACUGUAUUUGGAGGAGAAGCAUAUGUUCCAAAUGAAGGUUGGAAAGCAGUAGCUGUGAAAACUCUAAAAACUGGAGCAAAAGUUGAAGAAAAGCUAGAUUUUCUUAGUGAGGCUGAAGUUAUGAAACAGUUUGAUCAUAUAAAUGUUGUCAAGUUAAUUGGUGUGUGUACUAUGGGGGAACCUGUAUACACUGUUAUGGAGUUUAUGCUUUAUGGUGAUCUUAAAACUUAUCUUUUGAGUCGUCGCAACUUAGUGUCUGAAGCUGAUAGAGGCAACAGUGAUGAAGUUUCUGACAGAAGAUUAACGAAUAUGGCUCUGGACAUUGCUCGAGGUCUGAGUUACUUGGCAAAUUUAAAAUAUGUUCACCGAGAUCUUGCCUGCCGCAACUGUUUAGUUAACAUGCAUAGAUCAGUGAAAAUUGCUGAUUUUGGGAUGUGUAGACCUAUGUUUGAUUCUGAUUAUUAUCGAUACAACAAAAAGGGUAUGCUUCCCAUACGAUGGAUGGCUCCAGAAAGUUUAACAGAUGGCUUAUUUACACCAAUGUCUGAUGUUUGGAGUUAUGGAGUGGUUUUGUAUGAAAUUAUUACUUUUGCAAGUUUUCCUUACCAAGGCUUAACUAAUGAUCAAGUAUUACAACAUGUAAAAGAUCAUAACACUUUACCUGUUCCUAAAGGAUGCAAGCCUGAACUGUCUAAUUUGCUACUACAAUGCUGGGCUAGAUCGCCACAUCAACGACCCCAAGCUGCAGCAAUUGUUGAAAUUUUAGCUCGUAAUCCAGAGCUCAUUUCACCCAGUCUUGAUGUGCCUACAGCCAGUGUAGAAGUGGAAGAUACUGGAACUUUUGAACUAACUAUUCAUGAUCGCUCCAGAGUUCAUUCAUUCUCUUCGGUUUGGCAAAAUCGCAAAACUAGCAUUCCGUUUGAUCGAAUGCAAACAGAACUGAGUGACUCAUCUCGAACAACCCUGUGUGCUGGUGAGAAUAGCAGCCACAGAAAACAUUCUGGAGGAAAAUUUUCAAACAAAAAGACUACUCUUCAUGAGAGUUUUAAGAAAGUUAAGAGAGAUAUUUAUAAAGAUCGAGGUAUAGAACUUCUUCCUCAAAUUACAUAUCUUUAAAAUUCUGUUGAUGUUCUUUCAUUACUAGUUAAAGCUUGUGAAAUUUUCAGAUUUAAGUUACUUCAAAACAUAACUUUUUAAGUUAUUUCUUUUAUUGUUUAAAUAUUUUGGAGCAUUUUUGCUCAUUUCCUAAGCACCUGUCCAGUAAAAUUAAUCUGAAAGCAUCAACUACUGUUCAUCAGAAACACAUGUCAACUUAAUCUGUAAAUCAUAUCAGCAUUCUCCAUUUACGUUUUUCCAAAUUUCAGAAUACUCGAGUGACUUUUCAGCAUAUAAAUGUUUUAACAAACAUAUCAGACUCAUAUAAUUUUUACUAGGUCAUUAUAUGAAAAACUGAAUUAUUAUCUCUCAUUUAUCUUACAUAGGCAUUCUGAAAAGGUAGCUAUAAUCUUUAUUUGCUUAAAUAUUGAUUUAAGGUAUGUCUGUUUAGUCACUAAGUUUCUCAAAGUAUAACCAUAAUUUUAUAAAACAGUUUCGACAUGAUAAAUGCAAAAAUUCUUAGGUAUAACAUCUAAACAUUUUAUAUGGCCACCAUUAAACAAAAAUUCUGGCCAUAAAGUAUUCAUUAUGCUUUACCAAUUAAUAUUGAAAAGUUCACUCCUUUGUAAGUGUGUAAUUGUAAGGGAACAAAUUUAUUUUCCUCAUCAUUUUUCAUUUGAUAUUUUUGACUGAAAUUAAACAUUUCUUAAAAUUUAGGAAGUAAUUGUAAAACAAAAAUUGCUUGCUUUAACAAUUACAAGUUGAUACAUUAAGUGAAACCAGCUGUAGUUUUUUUUAAUUUGUAACUGAUUCCAAGCACACAUAAGAGUACUUCCACGAAUUUGUAUACAAAAUAUGAACUAGCCUUCCCAUAACUUAGUGAAGCAUGAUAACUGGACUUCUAUUCAAGGACUAUGAAAAACUUAUGUUUAUGGAAUAUUCUUACCCCAAUAUUGAAGCAAUUCUAAAAAUUUCCCCAUUUAUUUUGAGAACUUUGGUAAAUCAAAGAACUUGUCUAGAACUUGUAUUUUUGGAAAUAAGCCUAUAACCAUCUUUGUUCAACACCCUCUGUUGUACUAAUAAUUGUAAAAUAAGAUACUUUCUCUAUCUCAUUCAUUUCAAUGGCUUGAACUGUUAUUAUGUUAAUCUUUAGCUCUUAGACACUUGAAUAAAAUUAAAUACAUAUGAAUUGAAAUAAUUUGCUUAUUUCGGCAUAUUUCAACAACAAAGUUUUUCAGUUAGGAUGUACAAUUUUUGUAUAUUUAUGCAGUUAGAAAAACUGGCAAAAAAUUUUUGCUUAUCAUUUUGUUAAGUUAUACACUACUAAUGUAUUAUGUAAUAUUAGUAACUUUUAAUAGUGUUAAAAAGAAAUCUGAAAAUCUCUUGAGUGUGAGUACUUAAAUAAUUAAAUGAAAUCAAAGUAUACCUACUGACAAUGUAAUGUGUAAUAAAAUAUGGGUUCUAAGCUCAAGAUCUGUGGGUCUAGUCAGUAGAAAGACCUUGUCCAUCUGUAGGAAACUAUCACAAAUGUUGGAAAAUAUUUUGCAUGGGAUUCAUUUUUUUAUCCAAAGCAAGAUUUUUUUAAUUUAAACUCUUGUAUUUUACCCUAAUUUUAUUUUCACAUAUACAGAAUUUUUGUAUAUUUUACUGAUAGCUCUAUUUUUAACUUCACUAGUAUUACUUGAAUAGAUAAUAAUAAAACAUUAGAAAAGAAAAUUGUUUUAAUAACAUCAACUAAUUAAGCAGAAAAUUGAUUAAUCAAAGAAAAACUAAUCUAAAUUAAUGAAUUAUGAAAAAAAAAUCUUGUAAUAACACUGGCUGCUUUAAAUAUUUUUUUUUCCUUGUUUUGUUUUUAGUUUUUGAAUUUAAAAUUUCAAGUGUUUAUAUUUAGACAUAAAUAACAGACUAACUUAAUUCCUAACCCCACACUAGUUUCAAAUACUGGACUUGAAAGAAACUGUAUAAACUUUAUUGUGCUACCUUAGUUAAGUUAAAGGUGAAAAGACACUUUUCAGGAGUUUGUAAAAUUUUCUAUAAAAGUUACUGUUUUAAAGAAAAUUUGUAUUUAUUUUUAAAUAAAAUGAACUUCGUAAUACUACUCUAACACUUUCAUUGUGAGCUAUUAGUGUAUCUCAGAGUAUUAAAGAAAUUCAAUACAUUAUAGCAAUUAAAUUUUUACAUAUGAAGAAAUUUUACUGCUUGCUGUUGACAUAGUAAUGCCUAUCUGAUUUAUGUUGUAUAUAUGAUUUACAUAUUUGACUUACUAGCAUUUGUAUAUAAAGUUUUGCACAUUUCUGUAAAAAAAAAUUUCAAAAUAAAUGGAAUAAUUUUCUUUUUC